AAAUUAUAGAGAAAUAUAUAUCUUUAUAAUACCUAGUUUUAACUAUUAGAGGUUUUUAACCUAAUUAUUUCUGAUUUAACCUUUUUCCUUUCCUGCUAUCUAAUGGCUACAGAUAUACAGAAACUUAUGGGACAAGAGUUCCUAAAAUAUAAAGUAAAUAAUUUGGAGAACAAAGUUAAAGAUAAAAGUAUAUAUCUCGUUGAUAUAACAUCCUUAAUAUUCGGUUUAAACGUUAUUAAAUUGUGGUUAAAAGAUGGUUAUACGAUCUAUAUACCUUUAUAUACGAUCUAUUCAUUAGAUGAAUUAAAGCAAUCAGAUAAUAUCAAAUUAGAAAAGCUAUCAAGGUCAGCGUCAUCAUUUAUUGAAAAGGAGUUAAAUAAAAGGAAGCUACAUUUGCAAUCUAUUGAAUAUAAUAAUAAUGAUAAUCAUUUUGAUAAAAUAAAGAAAUCAUUAUCUCAGUUUAACAAUCAAACUCAGUUAGUGAUAGCUACACCAACGAUUGAGACUAAUUACACUUUUUUUGAUAUAAAGAAUAUUGAAAGUAGUUUAAACACAACAGGAUACCCUAUCAAUCAUUUACUACCAGCUGAAAUUGAAGAAGCAAAUUUAUAUUUUAAACAAAAGAAAUUAAACAAGUAUAAGAACAAUUAGAAUGCAGGUACCUAUUAUAUUAGAUUUAUUUAUUAUCUUAAACUAUCUACUCACUAAUAAUUCGCCUGCUACUCUAAUGAACGCAAUUGAACCAAUGAAGAAUGUUGAUCCCCAUACGAUUGGUAAAUUAUCUGGACUCAUUGAUGAUUUUAUACAUUUUCUAAGGAAUCCCUCAUUAGUUGGACCCUCUGGUGUUGUCAAAUAACCUGGCUUUGCAGAAUCCAUUACGACAGUUUAGAUC